UCUUGGCUUCGGCGAUAUUGAUAAACGGCAGUUUCAAAUGGUGCCCCGACCGAAGCUGGUUUCCUGUCCGGGUGUGGAGUGGAAGGACCGCGCCGGGUGUCACAGUGCAAUUCCUACCCACCGACAGGAGGCCACGGCUGCACUCAGAUGCUGGGUCACCGCCAGGCUUCCCCGCCCGUGGGGUAGAGGGGCCAGAGGAACUGAGGUCCUCCAAGAGCUCAGCGGGGGCGGAGGAAAUGCCUAUGUAGCCACUGUGAGCGCCCCAACAGCGCAUCCUGGGGGCAUCCUUUCCACAGUGUCCUGCUUGCUUUCCUUGCAAAAAUCAUGGUGACAGACCCCGCCAUCCCCAAUGCGCUUCCUCUCGCCCAGCAGGGAGGCCUGUGGCAUGCUUCUGGGCCUCCAUCUCCAGGCCCAGACUGCAGCCCCCGACCUUUCCUCCCGGCCAACCACAGGGGCAAGUAUGCUGCCCCAAAAGACCACCGCCUCACCGGGCAGCUGCCUGAAGAACAGACCAGGCCAUGGACUCAGGCGCAGCCAUGCACCCAAGCCCGCGGCGGCCGCAGGAGCACAGGGGCCGAGGCUGAGAGGCCUGCCAGCGAGCCCUGCACCAUUGACAGCCGGGGCAAGUCUACGGAGUCCAGGGAAACAGUCAACGGACUUUAUCCCCGGGAGCUGGGAACAGGCCUCUUCAAAAGCGAAGCCGUAGCGCGAUCUUCUCAGCGCUUGGACUGGGCACCGACCUGCCGCCUGGCACCCUUGCCUUCCCUGCCGCCCGCGCUUGCCCACCACCGGCUCAGCAUCGCUGCGCACGCCCAGGGCCCGCAGUCCCUGGGCGGGGACCGGGAGCGGGAGGUGAACGUGACGCGGCCGAGCACUGCCUGCCACCCUAGCGUUCGCGGGACGCUGGAGUUCCCCGUCGGCGGUCAGCAGAGGUGCGCGGGCCAGGUGCCUCGGGCUCCCCAAGAUCUCCCUCCGGAUUGCUACGGCGCGCAGAGCAUGCGGCCGAAACUUCACAAAGCCGCCGGCCUCCUCCCGCCCUGCCCCGGCUCCAUAGGCCAGUUUCCGAAACCUCGGCGCAUUUCUAAACAAUGCGACCCACACGCACGCGAGGCCAGUCCUGGUUGACCCCUGCUCCCCCCUCCACCCCCACAUUCGGGCACAUUCUGAACCAGCACCACCUCUUCCCUGCGCUGCACCCUUGGGGCUAGACUCAGAUUGCCCCCCUUAUGGAAAUCCCAGGCUCCGGUGUCUAGGCUGGGUCACAGUCUUUGAAGACUCAGAGGACCCAGCUCCGUCUUGACUUUUGCUCCAGGACUCCAGGGCUGGGGUAGCGAGGAGGUGGAGCUCAGAGAGAGUCGGGCACCAGGCCCUGUACUCAGCCCUUCUGAUCUCCACGGUCCGAGGAGAGGGAGGCGGCAACUGAGGUCCCUGGUAGAGGAGGCUGGAUCCCAGGACGCAAAAUCCGCCAGCGUCGAGCAGAGGUCGACAGGGAUUUCUGCCUUUACUUCCCAGCUGCGUUCAAAGGGUGAGCGCCAGAACCUCUGGAACCUGAGUCCACCGAAGCUCAGCAACUCCCCCAACCUUCCAAGAAAACUUUCACAACUUUCUAUUCUGUCGGUCCUCAAUUUUUUAGAUUAUCUGCAGCCACCGGCUUCGUCGAUUGUUCUGCCAACCGGGAACCCUUUUAGUCUCUAGGGCUCCCAAGGCCAGAGUAUUUCCAGAAUAAUCGUAAUUGUUAUUAUUAGGCUGGGAACCAGAACAGGCUCAGAGAAUAGUGUACUGAGGGGGAAGAGGAGAAAUGUUGCUGAAAAGGGACAUUUCCACCUGUGUUUAAAAAGGUUUCAUCGGACAAUUAUCAGUAACCCCGACAGACAACUCUAUUAAAAAAAAAUUUACUACUGCUCUUGAAAAGCCGUUAUUUUUACAUCGCUUUUAGGAAGAUAGAUGAACAAAACAUCGCGUUUCAAGCCAUUUUGAUCUGUAAUUAAAUGGCAGGAUCGGUUUGUAUUCUCCUACAGCUUUUACAGAAGUUGCAGUGAUCCAAAGUCGGGUUGCUGUGUCAGAGUGGCAUUUUUAUUAAUGAGAAUACAAAAAGCUUGCAUAUUCUUAGCCCCGCUUGAAUUUAGUUGCUAAGCAACCGCUGUAUGGUAAUUCAUCCGCGAAAUUUAAAUCUUUGAGAAAGGAUCCUGCGUUUUCCUGAAUGGUCGCCACGAGGAAAACAACUUGUGGGACUGGCCAGCUGUUAAGG